CAGGAGCUGUUUUGGCCGCAUACAGGGUGCUUGCCUAUUCCUAGACUCAAGCUGAUGGCGUUAGGGACAACAACUGUAUCGUUCUAGACCUUCGUUUUUGCCUUAACAGGCCUGUCGGGUUUAAAAUUUAUGUCCGGCAGUCCGUUUGGCUAAGAGUCGGCUCCAGGACUAGCUCUUCGAUUUUUGCGUGAAGGCUUACUCCGCGCUCCCGAUGCACAGAGCGUCGGACUGUGGGGUCUUUUCAGCCGAAGAAGCCUUUCAAUCUAGGGUUUGCGUUGCUGUAGAUAUUCCGACUCACUAUGCUGGUUUCGUGCCCAAUUAGAUACUCCUCGUCAGCAGAUUUAAGAUCCUCUCCUAGAUUCAGUCAGUUGUGUCACCAUGGAUCCUUCCAGUCCAGUACAAGAUGGAAUGCUGACGUCAGGCAGUGGGGGAUCCGGAGCCGGUGCAGCGGCAGCAGGGGGGAUGCCGUUGAUAUCGCCGUCAGACGUCCACGUCCUAGUGGUGGACGACGAGCGGCUCUCGCGGCUAGUCGUCGGAAAUCAGUUCCGAAGAUGCGGCUAUCAAGUGACGGUGGCGGAUGGAGGGAUGGAGGCCCUCCGGGUGCUGCAGGAGAGGCCGGACGGAUUCAACCUCAUCCUCGUUGAUCUCAUGAUGCCGGGGCUGGACGGGCUGCAGCUGCUGCGAAUCCUUCGAGCUGACUCCAACUACAACGCCAUCCCCAUCAUCAUGAUGUCAGGCAACUCCAACCAGUCGACGGUGCUGCAGUGCAUAGCGGCGGGGGCGGAGGAGUAUCUGGUGAAGCCGGUCACCAAGCGGGACGUCACUCACAUGUGGCAGCACGUGUGGCGCCGCAUCCAGCUCGUCUCCAACGCGCCCGAGAGCCUGCAGAAUAGCGGCAGCCAGGCGGAGCACUCAGGCCCGGGCGCCUCCUCCUGCCCCGACGGUUCCUUCAACCCCAGCGGCGGCGCCAAGCCGCUGCUCUCCCUGCGCUCCUCCUCAGGCAUGCACAACCCCCACUCCUCCUUCGACGAGGCCGGCGGUGCUGUCGCCGCCAGCGCCGCUGCUGCCGCUGCGCAAGCAGCAGCAGCAGCAGCAGGAGCGGCUGGUACAGCUAUCGCCGGCCGCGGUUACCGUUACGGUUACGGUCCCCUAGGCACGUCCACUCUGCCCACCCAUUCGUCUGCCGACACCCGCGGCACCUGCUCCUUCUCCAGUGGAAGCGGCCCCUUGGCCGCCCUGCCGCAGCAGCCUCACCAGCCGUUUGGCGCAUCUCCGGGGUUUGCCAACGCUAGGAGGGUCAACGCAAUGGCUGCAUCAGGAAGCAUGGGGCAGAGGGAGGCGUCGGUGGCUGAAGUGGCGCUGACAGGCGGGUCGGGAGAGCUGUGGGCCGGCGGGGGCGGCACGGAGAUCUGGACUGGGUCGGUGGAUGGGUGGCAGGCGGCGGAAGAGGAGCCGGAGAGGCAGCAGCAGGUGCAGCAGCGGCUUCAGCAGGUGCAGCAGAGUACGGGAGUGAGUCAGCAGAGGAGGGAAGCAGGGGGCACGGAGAUCUGGACUGGUUCGGUGGAUGGGUGGCAGGCGGCGGGGGAGGAGCGGGGGAGCGAGCAGCAGGUGCAGCAGCUAGAGCAGAGCCCGAGAGUGAGUCAGCAGAGGUGGCAAGGAGGGGGAAGCAGCCAGAGCCGGCAGUAUCAUCACCAGCAACAGCAGCAGCAGAAAGACUUGCAGCCUCCCACGCCACCGCUGGCGCAGCAGCAUGAGCCUGUGGCGAGCCGGAGGCAGGCGUGGCAGCAGCGGCAGCAGCAGUGGCAGCGGCGGGGCGAGGGUAAGCAGGAGCCGAGGGAAGUGAUAGUACAAGGUGGUGAGCAUAAGGGGGGCGGUGGGGAGGCUGGAACAGGGACGUUUGAUGGAGGAGGGGCGAAGGGCGCUGCAUACUCGCAUGAUCAACAGUUGCGUCGGCAACAGCAACAACAGCAGCAGCAGCAGCAGCAGCAGCAGCAGCAGCAUGUGAAGGAGCGCUUAGUGAAGGAGGAGCAAGGGGACAAGCAGAUGUUUGCACGGCAGCAAGGGAAGGAUCAGCUGGCGCUGGAGCAGCAGCGGCAGCAGAUGCUGGCGCACUACCUGCGGUCGGGGGGGCAGAACGUGCAGGCGUUUAUAGCCCAGAUGGAUCUCGCAGGAACGUGGGGAGGGGCAGAUGCGGGCAUAAACCCCGCGGCCAUCAACAACAAUGCAGGCUUAAACCCCGGCGCUCCUGGCGGCUCCGGGGUGUCAGUCUCCGCUGAUGAUGGCGGCAGUGUGAGGACGGGUAACGAUGGUGUGAGGGGGGAGGCGCACAGAGGACGGAGCAUUGCGUUUGGUGGUGCGAGCGCUGGUGAUGGUGGUGCUAACGCGGGCAGUGAUGGUGGCGCUGGUGCUGGUGCUGGUCCUGGUCCUGGUGCUGGUGCUGGCGCUAGUCCUGCUGCUGGUCCCGGUACCGCUUCCACUGGCAGUGGGGCGGACAUUCACGAGUGGGUGGCUCGCCUGGAGCAGAUGCCCGAGCUGCAGGAGCAAGGCGUGAGCGGCGACGGCGAGGAGAGGUCACCGUCGCAGGGGAGAGGAGGAGCAGCAGCACGCGGGGACGCGAUGGAGAGUGAGGAGGGGGGGCGCCGAGAGGAGGCUGAGGGCUGUGAGAAUGGGCCGGGAGGGAGGGAUUUUCCGGCUAGGAAGAUGGGGAGAAUGGCGGGGCAAGGUGGCAGCCCAGGGCAGUCGAAUCUCUCUGGGAAACGGAGCAGCAGCAGUGGCGGCGGAGGUGGAGGUGGCAGUGGUGGCAGUGGCGGGGGCAGUGGCGGGGCCGUUAGGAGAGGCAACGCAGCGAGGGGGAAAAGCGGGUGGGGCUUUCUCUCUGGCCCCAAGGCAGCAGCCAAGAAGCGGCAGCGGCUGGGCAGCCCAGAGGGCGACCAGAGGCGCGUUGGGAGCGCUAGUGGCAGCACAGGGCAGGGAGGCGGCCCUGGGAAGGGAGGCGGUGCAGGCUCGGGGCGUGCGAGCAGGUUCGGGAAGGAGGGCGGCUCAGGCUUAGAUUAUGGGUCUAAACUUGCAGGUAGCUCGGGAAUGGGAGGCGGGUCAGGGCUGGCUGGCGGUAGUGCCUCGGGGCUGGUCGGCGGUAGCAGUAGGGGGAGUGAGAGGUGCGAGCGGGGCGAGCAGCGGGGCGAUGGGGAGCAUGUGGCGGAGGCGGAGACAGCGUUCUGGUCCGAGCGGCAGAAUCACAUUGAGGAGAUGCGACGGCAGGAGAUGCACAGGCAGGCGGAGGGAGGCAGGGGUGUGGCACAGGCUGGGCGUGUAGUGGGACAGAAGCGGGAGCAGCAGCAGGAGGAGUGGGGACAGAUGGAAGGGGACGGGAGCAGUCACGGGGGGCAUGCGGCUGGAGACUUUGCCUGGACGACGUCUCGGUCUGUGUCCAGGAGCAACACCGUCUUGCCUCCCACUGAGCGUCCAGCCCUCCCACCCACCCGCCCUUCCCCUUCCUGCCCACCCACUGCUUCCCUGGCGCCCCCUCCUGACUGCGCUCCGUUUCUCCCCUUGGAAUCACAGCCGUGGUCCGGUGCUGAAGAGACUACCCGUCCCACCAUGCCACGUGCCCUGUCGGAUCCCGAGGAGGCCAGCCCUGCUAGUGGCGGCAGCGAGAGCGAGCUUCAGGUGAAUGAUCAAGGGGGCCCAGGAGUGUUCUCAGGUGCGGGGGGGGCUAGUGGCAGGGGACGCGGCGGGGGGUCAGGGCGUGGGCGAGGGGCGGCGUUGGCAGGGGGGCGAGGGGUGUGGGUGGGGGGCAGGGCUCAGGUGCUGAGGACGAUGAGGGGGCGGCGGAAGGAGGUGUCGCUGUCAGAGCAGCUGAUGCGGCAGCAGAGGGAGGCGGAGCAGCGGAGGAGCGGGGUGGGCGAGGCACAGCAGGGCCUGGCGGGGGAGCAGGAGGAGCAGGAGGAGCAGGAGGAGCAGCAGGGGCAGCGGCAUCUGAGCUCGUUCUCGCUCACGCAGUCUCAAAGCAACAGCCGGCAAGCCUGGGUGCAGCAGCAACAGGGGCAGGAGGGUGGAGGGAGUCUAGGUUCUGGUCAGCAGCAGUUGGGCCAGCAGUUGCGUCAGCAGGUGGGUCAGCAGGGGCAGGUGCAGAGUGAUGAAGAUGAGGCGCCUGUGGUCUGUGCUGGCCCGCCCUCUUGGGUUGUAAUCCAGAGGAAAAGAGGAGGCGAGCAGGAGGCCAUGGCUGCUGCUGCUGCUGCUGCUGCCAGUGCAGGUGGGAGGAAUGGGCUGGGGCAAGAGGAGUGGGGAGAGGAGGAGGGUGUUGCGGGUGAUGAGAACGGGACCGAGGGAGACGAGGGUCGGAUUGGGAGUGGUGCAGUGGGGAAUGGUGCGGUUGGAAGCGGUUCCUGCAUGGAGGUGGAUGGCAGGGAGGAAGGGGAAGCAGGAGCGGCUUCAGGCUCGGGCGCAUGGACAAACCCUUCGUCAAGCCUGUGGAUGGAGAGUGGUAGUGCUGGUGCUGCCUUUACUGCUGGGGCUGCUCUUACGGGUGGGGCUGCUGUUUCUGGUGGUGGGCGGAUUGCGUUAAUGAGCUGCAGACGGCAGCGCUCAGAAGGGAGAGGUGAGGAGCAGGAGGAGCUGCAACAGCAGGAGAAAGGGGAGGAGAAAGAGGAGGUGAGAGAGGAGGUGAGAGAGGAGGACAUUGUGGUGUUGCAUGGUGAGGCGAUGGAGAAUAGAGGAGAGCGAGGGGAGGAGAGUCAGCUGGGAGAGGAGGAUGGUGUGCCUGAGGCAUCUGAGGAGCGGGCUGUGCACCCAAGUAGGGGGAUGCCAGAUGAAUUGGACGUAGAGGGAGAUGCCGCAUGGGAAACCGAGGGAAAUGAGGGCGAGCAGGCGGGGAUGCCGGGUUUGAACCCUGGACUUUCACCUGGAGCUGCUGCUGCGGCUGCGGCUGCUGCUGCUUGGAUGAGGGGUUUAGGGAUGGACGGGUUAGAGAUGGGCGGCUCUGGGGUGCUUGACCCUAGAAUGAUGGCGUUGCAGAUGUUCAUGCAGCAGCAGCAGCGGCUGAUGAUGCAGCGGCAGCAGCAGGAGAUGCAGGGACAGCCGCAGAUGAUGCUGGCUGCAGCAGCAGAAGAAGAAGCAGUGACACAUCAGAGACCGGAGCGAGACGGGCUGGGAUGGGAGGGUGGAGAAGGAAGGGAGGAGGAGCAGCAGCAGGAAGCGCCAGCUGACACCCCAGAUAUGGAACAGGGCGAGGAGGGAGAGGGGGUUGGCGGGCUAGAGCGGGAGGCAGAGGGGAACGAGGAUGAGGCGCAGAGGGAGUGGGAGCAAUGGCGGCUGUGGGAGCAGCAGCAAGGGUUACUGGAGGGAGGGCAAGGGCAAGGGGAGGGAGAGGAAGGGGAGGAGACUGGAAUGCAGCAGGAGCAGCAGGAGGAGCAGCAGGAGGAGCAGCAGCAGGAGCAGGCGGAGGAGCAGGAGCAGCAGGAGCCGCAGGAGCAGCAGGAGCAGCAGGAGCAGCAGGAGCAGCAGGAGCAGCAGGAGCAGCAGGAGCAGCAGGAGCAGCAGGAGCAGCAGGAGCAGCAGGAGCAAGAGGAGGAGCUGGAGGAGCGGGAGGCGCAGCAAGAGUUGCAGCAGGGUUGGGGCGAGGGGCAGGAGGAGAGGGAGCAGGAGGAGGUGGAGUGGGUGAGAAGACAGCAGCAGACGGAGCUGCAGUGGGGCGUGGGGGAGGAACGCCAAGGUUUGGAGGCAGCAGCAGUGGGCAUGGCAGGGGAGGAAGAGGGUUAUGACGAAGCAGGGGCAACGGAUGUAGCAGCGGAGGUAGGAGCGGAGGUAGGAGCGGAGGUAGGAGCGGAUGUAGCGGACAGUUCACCUGAGGAGAUGCAGAUGCAAUAUUUGAGGCAGCGGCUGUUGCAGCUGCAGCAAGAGAGGAUGCGACGGAUGCAGCGGCUACAGCUGCAGCUGCAGCAGCAGCGCUGGCAGCUGGGGGAAGGGGAGGGCAGUGAGGAGGGUGAAGAGCAGGCAGAGGAAGGGGAGCAAGUGGGAGAUGUGGCGCUGCUGCGUGUGGGAGGCAUGCAGCAUUUGGGAGUUGCGGCGCUGCAGCAAGCGGUAGUGCGUGGUGAUGAUGGGGAAGCGGUGGGAUCAGGUGCUGAUGGGGAGGGGGAUGCGGUGUGGCCUCAGGAGCAAAGAGGGGAUACAGCAGAGGGAGUUGCAGAGGAAGUGGGCGAGGGUGUGAGAGAGAAUGCAGCGGAGGAUGGGAGAGAGGAGGUCACGGAAGGUGGGGAAGGAAGAGAGGAAGGGGAGAGAGUAGAGGAGAGCGAGCAAGGUGAGGAGCAGCCGCGAGGGGAGGGGGACGCGGACGGUGAGCAGCAGAGGAGGGGGCUGGAGACCCAGGAAGGAAAUGAAGGGGAGCGGAUCGGGGCAGGGGAGAACGAGGUGAGGGAAGGGGAGGAGGGAGAGGAGGGGAGGGAGGGGAGUGAUGGGGGUGAGGAGGGGGAGGAUGAGGAGGGGGGGGAGGAGCGGAGGCGCAAGUGGGAGUUUUUCUUCCUGCGGCAGCGACAACAGCAGCUGUUUGAGUUCGAGCAGUACCAGCUGCAGCAGCUGCUCGCCAUGGAGCUCGCUGAGAAGGCCAGGCGCGAGGGGGGCGAGCAGGAGGGGGGUGGGGAGGUGAGAGAGGAGGAAGGGGAGCAGGAGGGAGAGCGGGAGGGAGAUCAGGAGAGGAGAAAGAAGGGGGGAGAGCAGGAGGGAGAUGGGGAGAUGAAAGAGCCCGGGGAAGAGCAGGUGGGGCAGCAGGGGGAAGAGCAGCGGGGGGAGCAAGAGAGGAGAGAAAUUGAGGGACUAAUAGAGACGAAGGAAGGAGCAAAGGAGGAGAAGGGUGAUGAGGGACAGGAGAGGAGAGGAGAGGAGGAAUCGGAGCAAGUGGGCGGGUGCUCUAGUGCUGUGCAGCAGCACGGUGAGACCACGGGUGCGACGGAAGAGCAGCUGGCCUCUGUGUUGGGAGGAGAGCGAGCAGAGAAUGUGAGAGAUGAGGUGGACGAGGAGCGAGGGAAGCAAGGAGAGGUGGGGGAAUUGGUGGGAGGCGAACGAGGGGAGGGGCUCAAAGAGGCUGCUGCAGGUGCUGCUGCUGCUGCUGCUGCUGCUGCUGAUGGCGCAGCUUUGGGUGGAGCCGAAGCUGCUGGGGCGGUGGAGGGUGACUUUCAGAAUGGAGAUGCGGUGAGGUUGGGGUCUGAGGUUGAUUUUGACAUGGGCGAGGAAGGGGAAAGCUGGGAAAGCUUUCAAGAGGGCGACCCUAGGGAACUCGGGAGUGGAGGGGGCGAGGCGGAAAGGGGAAGAGGUAGUGGGGAAGGGGUAGUGGCUGGUGCCGGCGGUGGGGACGAGGGUGCUGAGCAGAGAAAGAGUGAAGGGGGUGGGGGCGAGCAGUGGCGGCAAGUGUUUGACUUGAAUGAAGUGCAGCAAGGGGAGGGAGGAGCGGAUGGAGAGGGCGAUGGUGCUGCAGGCGCUGAUAAUGGUUAUGGCUUCGCUGCUGACGGUGAUGAUUAUGGUGCCGAGGCUGCUGCUGCUGCUGCUGAUGGCGUCUGUGAUGGGCUGGGUGAGGCAAGUGCGUCUGUUGCCAGGCCAGGGGCGCACCUACCACUGUUGGACAUGAAUGCCAUGGCACCAGACAUGUGCCUUGAUGCACCACACAUGUGCCUUGAUGCACCACACAUGUGCCUUGAUGCACCACACAUGUGCCUUGAUGCACCACACAUGUGCCUUGAUGCACCACACAUGUGCCUUGAUGCACCACACAUGUGCCUUGAUGCACCACACAUGUGCCUUGAUGCACCACACAUGUGGCGAGAGGCACCUCAGGCUGAAAACGCCGCAGCACUGAAAGGGGGGGAUUCAGGCGGAAGCGUGUGUGCCAGUGGCAUGGUACUUCCCGCAUCUGGAGUGGGUGCCUGCCUAACAUUGACAGUCGCAGCCUGCCCUUCAGCAUCACCAUCAGCUGCAGCAGUGUGUGCCAGUCUGGAGGAAGCCCAAGCGCCCGUGGCCAUGAGCAGUCAGCUGGACAUGAAUAUGGCCGUUGGAGGGCCAGGUCUGGAGGGGGGGUGGGAUGUGAAGAGAGGGCAGCUGCACGCCUCUGAAGCUCUGGAAACGCGUUGCUUCACUGCAGACGCUCCUUCAGCUGCUGCCAGCUGUCGAGGCAUGGACCUGGGUCUGGGGCUGGGAGGAAAGUAUGGGGAACAGGAGAGUCAGCAGAGUCAACAGGGUCAACGGGGUCAACUGGGUCAAGGGGGCCAGGGUGAAGGAGAAGUGGCUAGAAGGGAGCAGGUGGGAGGAGGCAUGGUUGGGCUGUGGCUGGGACUUGAAGUGAGGGAUCCACAGAAAGGGAAGGUUGGUCGCGGCAGUGAAGGGUUUGAGAGGGCAGGGAGGGAUGUAGAGGAGCAGGACAGGGCUGCAAACCCCCACUCUCACGAACGACAGUGGCAAGAGCAGCAUGAGCAGCAUCAGGAGGAGGAGGAGCAGCAGCAGCAGCAGCAAGAGGAGCAGGAAGAGCAAGAGGCAGAUGAGGAGCAAGAGGAGGAGCAGCAGCAUGCGGGAGAGGAGCAGCAGGAGCAGGAGGAGUGGGAGCAGAUGGAAGAAAGGAAGGAGUGGGAGUGGGAGGAGCGGGAGCAGGCGCAAGUGGCAAGAGAAGAAACAGCAGGAGAGGAAGCAAGAUACCCAGCAGCAGAAGCAGUGGAAGCAGCGGAAGCAGCGGAAGCAGCAGCAGUAAGAGUAGCAGCAGAGGCAGAAGCGGGUGCAGCAGCAGAAGCAGUGGUGAAGCCUAGAGCGUCCAGCCCAGCUCUCCACGAGCACAGGCUCUCCCUCAGGCGCUUCCUUCUGCUGUGCCACGAGCACCAGUCCCAGAAUGAGCAGAGGGGGCCCCCAUCAGCAAGAGAGCAGGGAGAGGGUGAGACGGCGGCAGCAGGGGGAACACCAGCAAGUAUUUUCGGCAACCGCCUUGUGAUACCGCCAGUGCCCCCCGUGGCUGUGAGGGAGCAAGCUGUGGCUGUUUUCUGUGAGAUCGCCCGGCUUGUGGUGGCUGCGCAUGACAGGGGAGAGGCUCUGGGGGAUCAGCUGCUCCCCAGUAGGAUCAGAGUGAAGCUCGGGCCCCGGCACUGGCUGCUGCCCUGCUGCUGCAAUGCUGAUGGCGCCGAUAGUGGCUGCAGCGGAGAGGAGAAGCGCGGGACUCUGUCACAUGGGAGAGAGGGUGUAGAGAUGGGUAGGGCUGGUUUGGCAGGAGUUGAGAGGGAGGGAGAGGGCGUGGAUGAGGAGGAGGAGGAGGGAGAGAGGGAGUAUUACGCGGCACCUGAAGGGGGCUUGGAGGUGGGGAAGGGAGGGGGUACGGUGGAUGCAGGGAGAGAGAUGGCAGCGGAUGUGUACCGGCUUGGGGUUGUGUUCUUUGAGCUGACGUGUCACCUGAGCGACCAAUUGGAGCGCAGCAGCGCACUGGAGGAUCUGAGGAGCCGAGUGCUGCCCACGCCGUUCCUCAUGGCCUUCCCCACUGGGGCCGCCUUCUGCCUCUGCCUGCUGCACCCCGCACCCUCACGCCGACCAGCCAUGACGGACGUCCUCACAAACAGCCUCUUCCUUCGCCUCGCUGCAGAAGCUUCCUCCGCAGCUUCCUCCCCGCACUGCCAGCUGUCUGUGUCGUUUUCGCCCCGCCACCCAUCCGAAGCACAAGAGGGCGCGGCGCGGCCGGCUGAGAAGGCACCUGGAAAGGAGCUGCCGGCUGAGAAGGCACCUGGAAAGGAGCUACCAGCUGAGAAGGCACCUGGAAAGGAGCUGCCGGCUGAGAAGGCACCUGGCAAGGAGCUGCCGGCUGAGAAGGCACCUGGAAAGGAGCUGCCGGCUGAGAAGGCACCUGGCAAGGAGCUGCCGGCUGAGAAGGCACCUAGAAAGGAGCUGCCGGCUGAGAAGGCACCUGGCAAGGAGCUGCCGGCUGAGAAGGCACCUGGCAAGGAUGUGGAGGACCAGGGAAUGGGCGCUUGUGCAGGUGCAGGCACGGGCGUUGGUGCGGAUGAGGGUGUGGAUGUUGGUGCGGGUGCGGGCAUGGGCGCUUCUGCAGAUGCAGACAUGCACGUUGGUGCUGGUGAAAGUGUGCUUGCUCGCACAGGCACUGAUGGGGCGAUUUGUGAGGGUUUUCAAGCCUCACCAGCAGGCACUGGCGCUUUCGCAGGCACUGGCGCUUUCGCAGGCGAUGAGGGGGAAGAGGGGAGAGAGGGGGAAGUGGGGAGAGAGGGGGAAGUGGGGAGAGAGGGGGAAGUGGGGAGAGAGGGGGAAGUGGGGGAAGAGGGGGAGGAAGUAGAGGAAAGGGAGGAAGGGGUCGGACAGUGUAGAGCAGGCAAGGAACCCAUGGUUGAAGCCAGUGAUGGGGAGUCGGAUGGUGGGUGGGGUGAGGAAGGGUGUAGCAGGGAGGGAGAGGAGGAUGAGCAGGAGGAAGGCGAGGAGGAAGAGGAAGAAGAGGAGGAGGAAGAUGAGGAGGGUGGGCUGCAUGGCGAGGGGUCAACAGGUCACGCGUCCACAGGCAGUGCUGACAGCAGGAGGAAGCGAGCGAGAAGGCAGAAGUUUAGUUUUGAGGCGCCUCAAAGCAGUAGGAAGCGAGCGAGAAGGCAGAAGCAGAGGGAGGAGAUGACUGAUGAGGCUGACGGUGGUAGGGGAAACGAUGGGGAAGAUGGACCAAGCAAAGAGGUGGACGAGGAGGAGGAGGAGGAUGAAGAGGAGAGAGGAGGGGAGGGAGAGGCGAGAAGCGGGUGCAAGAGGGUUCGUUGUGAAGCGCUGACAGAGGCGGAGUUGGCGGAAAGGGAGGAGGAGAACGAGGUUCUCCUGGAUUUUCUCCUGAGGGUGCAGCAGGGGAAGGCGGAGACGUCGCGCCAGGUGGCUGCCAACCUGGACGGGCUGUCUGAUGACGUGGCAGAGGUGGCUGAGAGGAGGCAGUUGCUGCUGGCGCUGUCUCAGCCAAUCAGCAAGGGCCACGCCACUAACACAGCCACCGCGAAAGCAAGCAGUUCAGGUGGUGCAAGACGAGCCAAUGGUGGCAUGAGCAGUCUCCCCUGUGGUGGAGGGGCGAGGGGGGAAAGCAGGAUCGGUGGUGGGGGUGGGUGGAGGCACAGCCAGAGACAGCGGAUCGAGGAGGACGCUGGGGGGGGGGUAUCUGGGGGGGUAUCUGGGGGGGUAACCCAGUCAGAGGGCAUGAGACAUGGAGGGGAGGAAUGUGCUCGGCUUCGUCUUGGGGCUGGGAAAGAGAGGGAAGGAGGAGGAGGAGGAAUUGAGGGAGGGAGAGGGGGUGGAGGGAGAGGAGGGAGCGCACAGGUUGGAGUGUCUGGCUGUUGCGCCAGGUCAGCUAAGUCAACAAAGUCAACGCGGAUGAGAGGGCCAGGCUCAGGAACCCUGUCUGAAAGCCCCCAGGUGCAGGGGAGUGCGGGUUGGAGAAACCAGAGAAGCAAGAAAGGUCCGACAAGUCAGGGGGGGCAGCAGAGAAGUGAGAGAAGUCCAACGCUGUCAGGAGCCACGGUGCCCAUGCGGUCUAGCUCGCGGGAGAGGGAGGGGGGGAGCGAGGGGGCGAGGGAGAGGGAGGAGGAGCGGAGGAGAAGGGUGGCGUAUGAGAGGCGGCUGGGGGGCCGAAUGAACCGCAUGAUCCAGCGCUUUGACAAGCUGGAAGAGGCGUACCUGGCGCUCCGUGCCCGCACAUGUGAUGGUGCUGCGGACGGCGCUGCAGAUGCUGCUGCUACAGCUGCGGCUAUAGCUGCUGCUGCUGGUGCUGGUGCUCCUGGCAAUUCCUCGUUGCCUCUGGCUGCUGCAGCUGAUAAGGACACAGCAGCGGCUGCUGCUGCUGGUACUGCAGCAGGCUCAGCACAACCGGCUGUAGCGGUAGCAGUAGCAGUGGGCAGCACAACUGUUUCGGAUGCUCCACCGGCUGUAACUCGCGAUGCUCCAGCAGCAGACGCCGCUACAGCCGCAGAGGAAGCUUGGCAGAACCUUCCAGAGGCUGCCAAGGCGUGGCUGAGGCGGCGGUGGGCCAUGGGGCCUGGGGGGGCUUUUACCACUCAAGCCCCCCCCCAUGACUCACAUGCACAUGCACAUGCACAUACAUACGCACGUGCACAUGCAGGCAGUGGCCGGCAGCAGCAGCAGCAGCAGCAGCAGCAGCAGCAGCAGCAGCAGCAGCAGCAGCAUGUGCAUCAGGCGCAAGCCUCAGCAGAUGAAGCUCCGACUUACUCAGGAGGGUCAGAAGAUGGCCUCCCCUACUGGGCUGCCAGGGGACGGGCAGCUGUGGGGGCAGGUGGGGGGACAGGAGAGGGGGGUGCCGGGAGGGAGGGGGACGGGGCGGAGGAGGGCCACAUGCAAGAGGUGUGGGGGCGGCUGGGCUGUGUGCGUGAACAGGUGAGGGGGCUGGGGCGAGAUGUCACUGUAAGGAGGGGUGCAGUGAGCAGCUCUGCUGGUGCUGGUGGGGAAGGUGGGAGUGGCAGUGUACGGGGUGGUGAUGAAGCUGGGGAUUGUGUAGCGGGGAGGAUGGCAGGAGGUGCUGCCGUUGCUCCUCCUGCAGCCACAGCCACAGCCACAGCCACAGCCACAGUCACGGGCACAGCCACAGCCACAACUGCAGCCACAGACACAGCUGCAGCCGCAGCCGCUGCUGGUGUGGCUCCUAGUAUGGAUGUGAGUCUAAGGGCGUCGUCUGCGCAUGACGUGGCCGCUGCGGCUGGUGAUGGCGCUGGUAGCGACGGUGGUGCAGGGCCUGCUGCUCCUCGGCUGGGCGCUGCCCCUGCUUCCCGUGUGGGGGGGAAGCGGCACGCCAGCAACAUGGGAGGGGAUGGCAGUGAGGCGAUAGGCAGCAGCAAGCAGAGAGCGUUGGGCGGACGUGGCACCAGCAGCAGCAGGGAGCAGGGGGGUAUGGCCAUGCAGGAGGGUGAGGGCACAGCCACGGGCCAUGCUGGGAUGGGAGGUGUGCCUUAUAUGGAGGCGAGAAGGUCGAACGGAGGCAAGCAGGAGUUGGGAGGUGAGAGGAGCGCAGCCCCUCACCCUGUGUGGCAGCGUGCGGCAGCAGCAGCAGCGGCACAGCAGCACAGCUGGCAGCAGCAGAGCUCGUCCGGUGGGGGAGGGGGCUGGUCUGGUGGCAUUGGCGCUGGUGGUGGUGGUGGUGGUGUGGUUGAUAGCAGCAUGCUGAAUGUACCGGCCACGACGCGGGGCACUCAUGGGACUCUGUUCUCAGUUGAUACGGAGGAAGUGGAGGUAGGAGGAGGUGGGUUAGGUGGUCGGGGAGCAGUGCUGGGAGCUUCGGAGCUCGUGAGGCACGGGCUAGAAGCACCUUCUGCACCUCGGGAAUCCUUCUCUGCCGCUGCCCUACCUGAUUCUUUACUUGCUGCAAGGUUGUCACCACCAGAAUCAUUAAGUGAGCCGACUGCGCCAGCAGCAACUGCACGAGCAGCACAAGCAGAUUCAUUACCGGCAGCACAAGCAGAGCCAGCAGCAGCAGUAGCAGUGGCACCCGCAGCAGUGCCUGCAGCAGCAGCAGCACCUGCACCAGUCACCACCCGCCCGCCGCAGCCUUGGCUGGGGCAACUCUUUGAGGGCCUCUCCCGCUACACCAGCUUCGGCAAGCUGGAGGUUCGGGCAGCGCUGCGCCGAGGCGACCUGCUAGGCUCGGCAGACAUGGUGUGCUCGGUGGCUUUCGACCGGGAUGGCGAGUUCUUUGCCACGGCGGGUGUGUUCAAACGCAUCAAGGUGUUCGACUGCAAUAGCGUGCUGCGAGCUGCGGCUGAGAGAGAGGGGCGUGUGAAGGAAGAGGGGGAGGGCAUGGAGGAGGGAGGGGAGGAGGAGGGGGGGGUGGGAUCAGAGGGGCAUGAGGGGCAUGAGGGGCAUGAGGAUGAGUUGCUGCAGUACCCGGUGGCAGAGAUGGCGGGCGAGUCGAAGCUCAGCUGCGUCAGCUGGAACCCCUUCGUCAAGAGCCUCGUCGCCUCGUCCAACUAUGAUGGCGGUGUGCAGGUGUGGGACGUGUGUGUGGGCGAGGCGAUAGCGGAGUACCGGGAGCACGAGAGGCGUGUGUGGAGUGUGCACUGCGCCCCUACCGACCCCACCAAGCUCGCCAGUGGCAGUGACGACGGCUGCGUGCGAAUCUGGAGCCUGCAGCAGGACGCCAGCGUGGCCACGAUCCGCACGCGUGCCAACGUGUGCUCCGUGCACUUCUCCCCGGCCUCGUCGCACAUCCUCGCACUCGGCUCCGCCGACUUCAAGCUCGCGCUCUUUGACCUGCGCAAGGCGCGCUCACCGCUCGCCACGCUCCCCGGCCACUCCCGCGCCGUCUCCUACGUGGCCUUCGCGGACCCCCUCACCCUCGUGUCAGCGUCCACGGACAACUCGCUGAGAGUGUGGGAUUUGAGGGACGUGCUGGGGAGCGCCGGGGACGGGUCGGUGGCUGGAGGGAGGAGCCAGCAGCAGCAGAGGCAAGGGGGCUUGGCGCCGUGCCUGCUCACAUUGUCUGGACACGUGAAUGAGAAGAAUUUCGUUGGACUUUCCGUGUCUGAGUCCGGCUACAUCGCAUGCGGCUCAGAGAACAACUCGGCAUACGUCUACCACAAGAGCGUGCCAGCGCCCAUGGCGUGCCACCGGUUUGGAGCCGUGGAUGCAGUGACGGGGAGGGCCGGGGGGGACGAUGCAGGGCACUUUGUGAGCAGCGUGUGCUGGCGCAAGGGCACCAACUCGCUGGUGGCCGCCAACUCCAUGGGUGACGUGAAGGUGCUGCAGAUGGUGGAGUGAGGGAGAGUGCAAGGGGGGAGAGAGAAAGGGGGGGUGGGAGGAGAGAGUUGGGAGUCGUGAGACAGGUGGACUCAUUGUGAGCAGCGUGUGCUGGCGGGAAGGCACCAACUUGCUGGUGGCGGCCAACUCCAUGGGCGAUGUGAAGGUGCUGCAGAUGGUGGACUGAGGGGGGGCUUGGGUUGGUGCUGCUGCAGAUGGCGGAGUGAGAAUGAGAAUGGGUGUUGCAGAUACGACGCAAGCUCACUCUAAAAUGACGCAGCAGAGCAAUGGAGUGACUGAUAAGAAGGUGCCGAGCCGAGGGUCCCAAUCCUGAAACCCUGACGGCUACGUUGAAGAGAACACGCAUGGUGCAAACUUUAGACCUAGCGGGUUGUCUUUAGAGUUGGGGGGGGCGGUGGGCUGCGAUUGUGCAUACAGGCAGGGCUCAUUGCCCUCAGGCAGGGAGCAUGAGGAUCGCGUGGAUACCAGAACUGGGACGUGCUGGGUAGAGGCGAUACCGCUUUUCCUAUAUAUGGCCCAAUAUUCCAAUCCCUGAUAUGAGUUUGCUGCAGGGAAGUUGGAUCAACCUCCGUGCAAUUUCUCUCCAUCCCAUUUUUGUUUGGUCUUGUAGUCUGCUGCUUCUCGAAUUUCAUUUGUACAGUUGCUUGCAACAACCAACAGUUGUCUUGUGCUAUCUUGUGAUAUCUUGUCUAGAAUUUCAUUUGUAUACUUGGCGGUCAGCUGAUACCGUAAUCCCCCUAUGAUGUAUAUAAAAAAUCACUAAAAAAAUGACAGGGUCUUAAAACCACAGGCUAAAAUAGCAAAGGGGGGCUUCAAGUGAGCCCCUCUUGAAGUGGGGGCACUUUUGAAAAAGUUGGGUUGCUAGAGCGAAAUUG